GCAGCACACAAAAAAAUCGGACACCACCCACAACAACAACAACAACAAAACACAACGCACAUGCAGAGAUGGUGCUGCCUGCGGAUGUGGAUGGGUGGCUUGAGGCUGCGUGCGAUGUGCUGGUGGAGUUCCAGCACAUGCACCGCACCAACAUGGUGAACGCACUGCAGGACGGCGUGUACGACUGCUUGCCGCAAGCAUGGAUCGACGCCCUUCAAUCCCUCGCAGACAUCGCCAGUCGAGACAGCAGCUGUGGUGGUGGUGAUGGUGGUGAUGGUGGUGAGGAAGAGGGGGACGACGCACGUGAUGCACUGUCAAUGCAACAACACGCACAGCAACAACAACAACACGCACAACAACACGCACAGCAACAACAGCACGCGCAGCAACAACGCAGGACAGUGUUCGAUGCAGAUGCGUGGUUGAGUGAGUUUGUGUGGAGGCGCGAGGUGUGGCAGAAACACGCACACAGCUUGCCACAGUAUCUGCUCAGUUUCCUGCAACGCGUGCAUGACCUCCAUCUUGACAGAACCCCAAGCAGCACCAUCGAAGCGUGCGCAUUCCCACAAUACUUGCGCCAGGUCAAGGGCUUCUCGCCAAAGAAGGAGCACGAGACCACAAGGCACGCGGCGCUGCUCCAGCACAUCUGCACGCGCACGCGCGCCGAGAUUGUCAUUGACGUGGGCUCCGGCAGCGGAUACCUGGGCCAGGUGCUGCUCAACACCAACCCCGGCUUGGUGGUGGUGGGCAUCGAGGGCGACACGAGCGUGCACGAGCUCGCCCUCAAGAAGAUGGCGCGCAUGUUUCAACUCCAGCACCGGCGCCGUCACCGCAAUCACAACAACACACGCAACAGCCAAACACGCAAUAGCAAGGACAAUGGGCGGAGCGCCGCUGGCCAUAAUAGCCACAGUGCCCAUGAAACAACACCAAUGUCAGCACAUGUACAGCCACAGGCACCGGCCCCACUCACGCGUAUGCUUGCUGUGGAAGGCAUCUUCUCUGUUCACACGCCACGCGCCAACCUGGACGCUAUCUCGACAGCGCUGGCAUCCGGCGGCGCCCUUUUGCACGCAGACACACGUGCUGAACCACAGCAUGGUGAUGAUUGUGGUGGUGGUCGUCGUGGUGGUGGUGAACAUCGUAGUGGUGGUGGUGGUGGUGAUGAUGAUGGCUGCACACAAACGCGUGAUCCUGUAAAGGUGCCACAAACCACACCACAAGGUACCCCAACACGAGACGCAGUAGCACCAUUAUCCUCAUCACGGUCAACAACAACGCCAACCACAACAACCACCACUGCAGCUGCGUGUGUGCUGACGUGCCUGCACGGGUGCGGAGACCUCACGCCCUGCCUGCUGCGUGCCUUUGUGGAGGAUGAGCGGUGCCGCGGGCUGGUAUCUGUUGGCUGCUGCUACCACGCAAUCACGCCCGUCUCGGGUCGAGAGAAGGCAUGGUACAUCAAGCGCAGGAACAUAGGACCAGCUUCGUCGUCGUCGUCCCCAACAGUGGCGCCAUCGACCUCGCAGGACGCAAGUGCAACUACCGCAGCACCAACCACGGCACGCGUGCGCGGGGAUGAUGUGUCAAGCGAAUCAACAGACACAACCGCAGCCAAAGCCGCAGAUGCAAUGGAGCAACAGCAAGGAGCGCUGCGAGUGAACACAGCGGUGGACGGAGCCGGCAGCCGCGCACCGCAGUUCUACUCCUUUCCCAUGAGCGCGGCGUUGACGCGGACGCUGGCACUGCGCGGGUUCCACGUGCUGCCGUCGUACUCUCUCAGGCGGGCGGCACAGCAUCGCAGGCAGCAAGCGGAGGUGAAAAGGCACAAGCCGCAGGAAAUGCAGAGGGGUGGAGAGCAGGAAGAGAAGGCAGGUGCUGUCAAGGACGUCAGUGGGCGGUUUGGAGCAACAUCCUUGCAUGUUGCGUCAACACUCUAUCGCAACGUGAUGGAGGACACAAAACGGAAGCACCCAACCUGGACCAUUGUGAACCCCACCGUCCACGUCGUCCUAAAACGUGAUUGUCGGAGCUUUGACGAUUAUCUUCGCGCUGUGCUCGGCAAAAGCCGCCUCGUGUGCGCCGAAGAGGAUGGUCACACGUUCCGUACCGCACAAGCGGACCUGCACCACCGGUUCGAGUGGGCGCACGAGUCGCUGCUUCCGCUCUUGGACGAGCUUGUGCACACGUACGAAAGCGUCGCACACAUCCGCUCGCGAAUUGCCGUUUUCCUCGCCCUGCAGCCGCUGCUUGAGGCGUUGAUUGAGGACGUGAUUGUCGUGGACAGAUGCCAGUUCAUUGCCGAAUCUGUGCCCACAGCAACAGUUGCUCUCGUUCCCCUCUUUGAUCAGCACAUCAGCCCACGCUGCUUUGCCAUCGUUGCAACCAGAUAGCACAAUGUGUGUGUG